CCCACCACAACAAUUUUAACGGAACCUCCGAAAGCGAAGGAUUCCCGGUUUGAAAGGCGAAAACCAAUUUCUUUAUCUUUUCUUUCCGGAAAUGGGAGGGAAAGCAGCAGCAGAAUGAGAGGACGAGCAGUAGCAGUGACAAUUGAAAAUGUUAAAGGCUUUAAAUACACCAUGUUCGAAUCGAAAUGUACAGUAGCUUUGCUGGUUUUCUAUAAGAGUAUCGUCUCCCUUCCAAUCCGCAUUGCAAUGGGAGAUUUAGCCUUCCGAAAUGGAACAGAAGCAGAUUCAGCUUGAGCAGUAUUACAGAGACGGGAGUUGUUUUCCCAGCGAGAAGGGUUUGGUGCAGAAAGAAGGUUGUGGAUGCAAUGGAAUGUAUCUUGUGAAGUUAGGGACCAGGGUUUUGGUACCGUUGUGAAAGGAAAUGGCUAGUAGUGUUUACUGUCAUUGGAGUAAAAUCAACUGUGAUCCUUGUAAUUGUAAUUGCAUGUUGGGUAGUGACUGCAACUCUUCACCACAGAGGUCUGUUAGGAGGAAGCUUGAAGGGCUCAACUUGAAAUGUAAUAACUCCUGCAUUUCAGCAAGAGACGACGGAGGAUCUACUGCAGAAGAAGGUAUUGUUUCCAAAGAUGUCACGGACUGCACGCAUUGUUAUCAGCAAUGGAAUGAUUCCACAAAAGAGAUUAUUGAAGAGUCCAGAAAGUUAAUAUAUUUUGGAGAGUUACCAAAAACACUUAUAUCUGAAAUUUCGACAGAACAAGUUAAUGGUAGAAGUUGUUUUUCUUUGACAUUGCAUGAGGAAAAUGAAGGAUUUGAUUCCUUACAUAGCAGUCUACACUAUUCUUCCCCCGCUCAUAUUGAUGAUCGCUUUUCUUCAAAGAAAGUGCUCGUGAUGAAGAAAAACGCUCCAGGGAAUGUGCCUGUAGAAGCUGAAAGCCAUAUUCAUAUGAUGGAAGUAGAGAAAGAAGCGCAUACAUUAAGGGAGGCUCUUCGCGGCCAACAUUACGCUUUACAGGACCUCUAUACUGAACUAGAGGAGGAGAGAAAUGCGUCAUCCACUGCAGCAAAUGAAGCAUUAUCCAUGAUUUUGCGCCUUCAAGAUGAAAAGGCUGCAGUGCGUUUGGAGGCUAACCAGUACAAAAGAAUGGCGGAGGAAAAGAUUGCCCAUGAUCAAGAAUCCUUAGCAUUCUUUGAAGAAAUUAUUUACAGGAAAGACAAGGAGAUUGAUGCUUUGGAGUAUGAAAUACAAGCAUACAGACACAGAUUGCUGAGUAUUGGAUUUGAUGACCUUGAAAUUGGAAAGAUUCGAUACCUGGAACGGUCUUAUUCAAAUGACAACACAAAUGCCAGGUAUGGAGGUUGUGAUAACUGGAUAAAUUCGGAACAGGAGUGCUCUGGUAGUCAUGUUACUCUUGGUUGGAAAACUUCAAAUAAUACACAUUCCCGAGAUUUAUGGAAGAUACAAGACAAGAAAGGGAAGAGAUGCAUUUGCAAGAAUGAUCACACAUGCUUAGAUGAUACGUGGAAUGAGGGCACAAAUGCAUUUGGUUCUGGUUUACCACAAAACCAACAGGGUGUAUCAUGUUCAGAGGGAGUCACACAUGGACAAGAUAGAGCCUCAGGCAACUCUAAUAGGAUUCAGCUAGAAGGAAAUUCCGUUUCCAGAAAUGUGAUUAAAGAAUCUAUCAGAGUUUUUUCCAAUAAUAGGAGUGAUAACUAUGCAAGACAAAUAACAGAGAUUGAUUGGAAACUACAGCAAGGAUUCAAGGACACUGAAGUGGAACCUGAUUUUACAACACAGAGAUUUAAAGUACAGGAUCCUGUCCAUGAAAUAGGAAUGAAUACCCCAGAACUUUCCCCUAGAGGAAAUAGUUUUACUCUCUGGGAGGACAUAGAAAAAUUAGAGGAUCAGCUACAGCAGUUAUCAAAGCGGAGAGGACUCAAUUGUUGUGUAGAGGAGGAAUGGGCAUCAACAAGUAGGGAGCUCCAGAAAACAGUUGCAGCUUACACUGCCAGUUUAAGGGAAGGAGCCAGGUCCCACUGGAGACUACCCUUAGACAACAUCUUCAUGUGUGAUGGUCUGAUAAAAGAUACUGGGGUACAAUCUACAGGGGAUCCUCGACUUUCAAACAUCUGUGAAAAAGGCAAGGAGAAUGUGAAACUACCAAAAGCUAAUUCACAAGUCCUAUUUUCAGAAAUCAAUCCGUCAAAUCUCAAAGCUGCUGGUAAUGAAAGUGACUCAAGUUUCAAUAUUCAUGAUGUUUAUGUGAUCCAGAAUGAAUAUGAAAGGAAUGGAGAAGUUAUGUCUGACAAAGCACAUGCUUUGAAUUUGGACCUGGAGGAUGGGGAUCGGCUUGGUAAACCAGAUCCAUUACCACAGAAUUUUUUCUUGGACCCUAGUUCUACUGCAAGAAAUUCAUUGCCGUCUUCAUCACAUAAUGCCCAUGAAUUUAAUGUAAGCACUAGUCUUUGCAAUGCUUUAUCGGUUGUUCCAGUGGAGUCGAUGCUUGAAUUUUCUUCGGUUCAAGAGGAUGUUAGACAUAUCAACACGAGGCUUCAGGCACUGGAGGAAAACGGAGAGUUUGUGAAGCAGGCAAUUGAUUCGCUGAAAAGGGAUAGAGAAGAAUUAUCAUUGCUGAAGGAGAUAGCUCAGCAGCUUCGUGAAUUAAAAGAACCAUUGAAGAGCUGCAAAGAUGUGAAAAGUUCACCCCCUCACGAGGAGCAAGAGGAUGCAUCUGUUGUCAGAUUCAUGGAGGCUAUGCUAAGUUUUUCAAUAUAAUGUGUUAUACAACAUUCAGAUUCUCAAUUCAUGCCUAGGGGGGUUCGGAGCAUUAUUGUCCCUUCCAAACAUGUUGUGAUUGUAAGAGUCUUUAUCUACUGCACAUGACAAAAGUUGACAGGUGCUUUUGGUCGCAUGCUAACUUCAACCUACCUGUUAUGUUUUUGGUUGUAUCAUUGCAAUUGGAAUUACUGGGGCAUUGAACUGGUAUCCAGAAACACCUCAAGCAUGUACUGGCACAUGACAUCAUACAAUCAGAUGAUCAUUGUUCUAUAGUUGUAUUUGGAGAUAGGAUUUGUUUGGUAUAUUCAAAUGUUUGUAUAGAAAUUUUGACUUUGUAUAUUGCAAAUAUGAUGUAAAAUUCAUGGAUACCCUAUAGUUAAAGCAGCAUUGGAAAUGCAGCAGAAACUCAAGCCAGAGGUCUUUUUUAAGACAAAAGAGAUUCGCAGUCACCUUAUUCUUAGAGAGGAAGGCGAUCCUAGUAAGGAGUAUUAGCAUUGAAAGUGUGUUUUUUUUC